AUGUAUGAUUGUUUUGCAGACUGUCCGUGUCCACGCUGCCCUGAGCAGUGGGUGGCCUACAGAGAAUGCUGCUACUUCUUCUCCAGGGAGAGGAAGGACUGGCAUUCCAGCCGGGAAUCCUGCCAGGCACAGGGAGCUCACCUCCUGGUGAUCAACAGUACCAGUGAAAUGGACUUCUUCCAGAUAAUCUACAGUAAAUCCUACUGGAUCGGUUUGAAGAACACUGGUGGUGGCUGGAUUUGGGAAGAUGGCUCAAAACUGACUGACAGAAAGGUCCUGUUCAACAGCUUUGUGCAGAACUGUGCCACUCUGGAGUAUGGUGUCAUCCGUGCUUCUAGCUGCGAAAUCCCUGCCCCAUGGAUCUGUGAGAAAUCUCUUCAGUGA